UUUGUACCAUUUCACUUUUGCCCCUCAAACGCCCACACAUAUAUACAUUAUAUGUGCACACUCCAAGAGCAGUGUAUCAAGUUUUUGUUUACUAAAUAGUAAAAAAUUAAUAGUAUAAAUUUGUAAAAUAAAAAUAAAAAAUUAAAAGAUCGUGAUUACGUAAAGACGUUUUUUUAAAAGUGUUUUGAGGAAAAUUGAUUUUUAAUGAUAUUGUGACAUCACACAUCAACUAACUUUUGAACUUUAACAAACUUUCAUAUUCAAAUGUCAUGUUUCCUCAUUUCGGUGCCGAUCUUUUUGUUUUCUUUCUCCUCAACCAACGAACCUAAACCCUCAAACUAAAAUAGCAACCAAAACCCACAACUCCCAAUCUCUUUGUUUUUUCUUGAAAAAAAAAACAAUCUUUCUUGCAAUUCCUUUGUACUUCAUUUCCAACAAAGCAACUGGAAUCUCCAGCCAUUCAUUGAUAUUUCACAAACCCAGAUUCAGAAACUGUAAAUUUGAUGAAAAUAAAGAAUUUUUUUUGAAGUAGAGUGAUGUUUCAAUAUCUUGUUUUAAGUGUGUUUGUGAUUAAGGUUCAUUAACAUUGUGUUGAUGGUGAGAAAUGUGAAUUUGUGUUUAUUGAUGGGUGCUUGUUUCAGUUCUGAUCUUGAUGAACAACAUUCUUUCCAGCCUGAGCCAGAUGAAAUCCAACCAUCGGAACAGCGUUUUGACGAUUCAUCGAAUCUAGAAAGUCCUAGCAGUGUAGAGGUGAUCAGCAGAGAUAUUGAAGACCUUAAACAGAAUCUUGGAUAUACCAAUCUUGAUAGUUUUACAUACGAUGAGAUGCGAAUGGCCACCGAAUUAUUUAACAGUAAUCUUGUUAUAGGCGAGGGUGGAUUCGGGGUUGUUUAUAAAGGAAUUAUAGAUGAAAGUGUGAGAUCUGGUUAUACUAGAGUUGAAGUUGCUAUUAAAAAGCUUAAUCCCAUGGGAUUGCAAGGUGAAAAGGAAUGGCUGACUGAACUCAAUUAUUUAGCACGUUUGCGACACCCGAAUCUUAUGAAGCUUAUCGGAUAUUGCUGUGAGGGGACACACCGCCUUUUGGUUUAUGAAUUUAUGUCAGCUGGGAGCUUAGAGGAUAUCAUGUUUGCCCCGUUGAAGAAAGGGUCAAUUCAUCCAUUGUCUUGGGGAAAAAGAAUGAAGAUUGCUUUGGAUGCUGCAAAAGGGCUUCAAUAUCUACAUACUACUGAAAGACCUGUUAUUUAUCGGGAUUUCAAGUCAUCAAAUAUCUUGUUGGAUGAGAAUUUUAAUGCAAAGCUAUCCGACUUUGGGAUUGCAAAGGAUGCGCCUAUGGGAAAGACCACCCAUAUAUCAACUCGAGUUGUAGGUACCGAGGGAUAUACAGCACCCGAUUACGCCCAGACUGGUCACUUGAGAGUUAACAGUGAUACAUAUGCGCUUGGGGUGGUGCUUCUUGAGUUGGCGUUGGGGCUACGAGCCAUUGACGAUAGCCGAGCUAGCGAUAUGCGCUCCCUUCCUGACUUCGCUAAUCAGUAUAUGACUCACAAAAGGGUAAUGGUAGACUUAAUUGAUCCUAGAAUGGAGCGUAAUUAUUCUAGAAAAGAUGCCGUUAAGGUUAUCAAUCUAGCUCUCCAAUGUCUCCAUGAUAGCCCGGUUAUGAGGCCCCCUAUGAGCAAGAUUCUUAAGAUACUUGAAUCGGUUCAGACCCCCGAGGCAUCUUUUCAAAGUGAGUCGGAGAGUGUGACCACCGCAGAUCGUAAAAAAACUAGAAAAUCAAGAUAUAAGUUAAAGUUGAAAUGAGACUUCCAAAGGUGAUUAAGAUGUAAGUUUUUUACAUUUUAGAAAAUAAACCAUGUAUAAAGUAUAUUAUGUUUCAAACUUGUUGUAUAAGAUCUAAGUGAUAGCCUUUUGUUCUGUGA